CGGGGUGGGGCUGCGUCCAAGGGAGGGGAGCGCGUAAUGGCGGACGCGGUCCUGGCGAGCGCUGCCGGGGGCGUAGCGAGCUGAGGACGGUUCUGCAGUCGCGAGUGGCGGCUGCUGUCGGCGGGUCGAGACGACCCUACAGACCACGGCAGCAGGCGUAGAGGGGUGGCCAGGUCCCGCCGCUGCGGGGUUUUCGGAGGCCAGAGUACAUCUUCAUCUGUGGGGAAUCUUUCUUCAACUUCAACUUCUCCAGCUCUGAAUUGGACUUACUUCAUGAAAGUGGUGUCUAUGUUUGGUUGUUUUUCAUCAUUCAGAACAUUGCCUGAAGCAGGUCCACCAUGCCGUUAGUAACGAGGAACAUCGAGCCAAGGCACCUGUGCCGUCAGACGUUGCCUAGUGUUAGAAGCGAGCUGGAAUGCAUGACCAACAUCACCCUGGCAAAUGUCAUUCGACAGCUGGGCAGCCUGAGUAAAUUUGCAGAAGACAUUUUUGGAGAGAUCUUUACUCAAACAGAUGCCUUUGCCUCACGGAUGAGCUCUCUAGCUGAGAGGGUCGACCACCUACAAGUUAAAGUCACUCAGCUGGAUCCCAAAGAGGAAGAAGUGUCACUGCAAGGGAUUAACACUCGAAAGGCUUUCAAAAGCUCUACUACUCAAGACCAGAAGCUUUUCGACAGGGACUCACUGCCGGUGCCUGUCCUGGAAACUUAUAACACUUGUAAUGCUCCACCACCCCUCAACAAUUUGUCCCCAUACAGAGAUGAUGGCAAAGAGGCCCUCAAAUUCUAUACAGAUUCUUCAUACUUCUUUGAUCUUUGGAGGGAGAAGAUGCUACAGGACACCAAGGAUAUCAUGAAAGAGAAGAGGAAGCACAGGAAAGAGAAGAAGGAUAAUCCAAAUAGAGGAAAUGUCAACCCUCGGAAAAUUAAAACCCGUAAGGAGGAGUGGGAGAAACUGAAGAUGGGACAGGAAUUUGUGGAGUCCAAAGAAAAACUAGGGCCUUCUGGGUAUCCUUCUAACCUAGUAUACCAGAAUGGCAGCAUCGGCUCUGUAGAGAGUGUGGACACAAGUGGCUAUCUACCUCCACCCCAGUUGGACUCCAACUCUCCACCCUCUCCCACCUUCCCUGAUGACAGUCUGCCACCACCACCAGCAGAGUUCAGCUACCCAGCAGACAAUCAGAGAGGUUCUGGUUCAGCUGGACCUAAAAGAUCCAGUCUUGUCAGUCCAAGCCAUCCUCCACCAGCUCCACCUCUUGUCUCCCCACCUGGCCCCAGACCAGGGUUUGCUCCUCCUGCUCCACCACCUCCACCACCAAUGGCAGGAGUCCCACCACCACCACCACCUGUUGGAUUUGCAUCUCCAGGAACUCCCCCACCUCCUUCCCCUCCAUCUUUUCCUCCUCAUCCUGAUUUUGCUGCCCCUCCUCCCCCACCUCCACCCCCAGCAGCUGACUAUCCUUGUCUCCCACCUCCUCCUAUAGCCCAGCCAACUGGUGGUGCACCUCCUCCCCCUCCUCCUCCUCCUCCUGGACCCCCUCCCCUUUCUUUCAGUGGUAGUGAUGGUCAGCCAGCCCCACCCCUGCCACUUGCUGAUAACUCUGCUUCUAAACCCAAGUCGUCCUUGUCUCCUGUGAAUGAUGCCCGAAGUGACUUACUUUCAGCCAUUCGUCAAGGCUUCCAGCUUCGUAAGGUGGAGGAGCAGCAAGAACAGGAAAAACGGGAUGUCGUGGGCAAUGAUGUGGCCACCAUCCUGGCCCGAAGAAUUGCAGUGGAGUACAGUGACUCGGAGGAUGACUCCUCGGAGUUUGAUGAGGACGAAUGGUUCGAUUAGCUGUGCCCCUCAGCACUGUCUCCACGGUCUGCUCUGAGCCCAGUCAGAGUCAUUGGCUUCCUCCCCCGGAGUAACCAAAGAUAUGCCGAAGUGCUUCCUGCACACUUCUAGUGUGUGUUUCCCCAUUCCCCCUUCCUUUAUAUCUUGGAGGUCACCAAGAGCAUCCAUGAUGGUCUUCCUCAUCUGGUCUGGAGAGGCCAGGCAGGAAGGAGACCAGAGCCUUGUUCUCCAUUCUCACAAAACUGCUUCUUAGCAUUCCCUGUAGAUUGUUUUCCUUUGUAAGUGGAAAAAAGUGCCUUUCAGUGGGCAUCCCAGGGAUCCUUUAAACCUGCCAUGUGCCUAUAGGAUCUCAGGCUCACUUUGUCCCCUACUCUAAGGCAGGAGGCAGAGUAGUGCUGCCCCCUGGCUGCCCCAUAUACUUGCCCCUGUCCUGGCAUGGAGUACUCUCAGGAACCAAGAAACUCAGUCCACUGCCAUGAUCCCUGGCAGGCAUGAUGGUCAUAUAAAGAAAUGGGGAAUGAUUUUAGCAGACAAGUAAGGGCCAUCCAUUUCAAGCUGGACUUACCCAAGCCAGCGUCCCCAUGGUAGCCUAGCACAUUGUUCUCAUGGAGCAGAUGUAUGUACUGGCCUGUGCUAGACUCCUCCCUAGUCUAGAGCAACCCCUUUAUUUUCACUAUCUCAUGAAGAAGGAAAGGACUCCUGCAUCUCUGAAGUCUUGGAAAGGAUCUGUGCCAGACUGGCAGUAGGGUGUUUAGACCUUCUCUUUGUGACCCUGAGUUGGUUAAGAGGGACUCAAGGUUACGUUUGGUCUAAACCUAAACCAUCUCAUAUUCUAUAGACGAUGAAAGAAAUAGGGCCGGAGGCAUGUGAAACCAGGAAUUCAGGCACUUGUCCACAGAACAGAACUGAGACUAGAACUCGGGUCUCGAGUCCUAUUUUAGGGAUCUUCCCAUUACUGUGCUUUCCCCAGUGAAUGUCCUGGGAUUUGUCUCUACCUGUGCUUUCAGAGGAUGGAAGAGCACCCCCUCCGGAGAGGGUGGAGAGUUGCAUUCUGCCCUGUUCAGUCCCAGGCUUGGUGCUAAAUAGAAGAGAGGAUUCUUAGCAGGUGUGUGCACCAGUCUACAGUGUGAAACAGGAUGGAGACACCUUCCCUGCUCAGGAGAAUUUCUCCAUGCAUUCUGAGCAUCCCCUUUCCCCAAAUUAAUUUUUGAUAAGUCUUUUAUAUCUUUUCCCACCUCUUAUCUCCUUGUAUCCCCCAUAUUCAGGAAAGAGCCUGCCAAUUACAGAUCACAGCUCCUGCUGCCUUGGGGGGGGGGGUGUCUGUCACGGGUAUUGGUUGGGGGAAUAUGAAAGCAUAGAGGUCUUCUGUCCUUGUCUCCAAGCCCUGGUGGGUGGCUGGAGGGGGUGGAAUAUCUCCAUGCCACCCCUGUCACUCGCCCCAAAAUUAACACAGGUGCUGGUAAGCAAAACUGGCCCAGGAUGAGCUCUUUUUCCCUUUCUGUCCUCUCUAGCCCACAGAAUCAUGCCUCUGCCUCUCUUGUUUUCAGAGCAUUGAAACAAAGAGAAGCAGGCUGCCUCUAUCCAGUAGAGUCAAUAGUUGCAGUGAUUGCCAAAGCCCACAGAAACCCCUCUGGCUAGAUGAGGGGAUGUAUAAUCACUGAGAGAUUGUGCCUGUCUUCCCCCAUUGCUUUUCCUGUAUUUCCUUUCCUUUGAACCCCAGGGUGUGUGUGUGGGGGGGGGGGGCAGAGCUGAGGAAUGGCAGUGUUGCUCAUCUCUCUCUGACAAGAUCAGGGGUCUUCUGCUCAGGUCGCGCCCUGUUUAUCAGGCUCUGCAGCGGCAGCUUUGCAGCCUCUUUCCCAGCCUGCAUUUUGGAAGCAUAAGAAUGGGCAUUUGUCUCAGACCUCAAAUGGUCCAGGCAGUGGAGCCAACCUCCCAGCUGCCAGGGAAAGAACGGUGCUCCUGCUGCAGAGCCGGGCCCCAGGCAUGCACAGGGUGGGGGGUGGGGGUGGCAUUUUUCUUUUCUGAGGAGCCCAGCCCUCCCUCAGCCCAGAAUGAGACCUGGGGCUGACCAGUCUGGUGUUCACACUCAGUGGCGAUGGAUGAAUGGUGCUCUUCAGCACUCCCACCCCCACUUCAGAAAGGGGAGCCAGCCCCUCCCUGCACAGUGGUGACCUUGAGAAGGGUUUCUAGAAUCCACAUAUCACAUCCGUGUGCAGGCCCACAGUGGGAAGGGCUUUGGGGGAGGGGGCAGAGGGGCUGGCUGCCGAAGGUAGGAUUAGAUCAUUAGCUCAGUGACCUCCUAGGGUUUCACUGUGCUGUGUUCUCCUUCUACAGCUGGCUUGGUAAUGAUCUGCAAGUCCCGGAGUGCAACUGCACAGCUCUGCCCAACGCUCUCAUUAAAAUCUAUGCAACCAGCCUCAGUGCUUUGUACCAGCAGCCGCCCUGCUUAAGCCACCCUGGCUGGUGGGGCUCCCGGGCCCAGGCAGCAGAAAGGUCCUCUGGGCUCUGUAUGCAAAUGUGCCCCAGGAAAGAUGGCAACAACAAAAAAUCAUGCUUUUUAUGCUUCAUGUUCACUGUUCCUUUAAGAAAGGAUUCUAUGCAAUUAACUGUGUGUCUCUCUGAAUCCUCUAACUGUAAAAUGCAAAGUUUAGUGAUUACUUUAGAGGCUGGUAGUGGGUAGGAGAUGGGGCAGGGGGGGUGAGGGGGGGUGGCCUAGCCGAAUAUAUCCCAGGUAGCUGGGAUUGCUUUGGCCCGGCUGCUGAGCCUCACCAGCAAAAUAGUGGUCAAGAUUCUUGUUCACUCAUGAAAUUAACACAUUCCAGGGGAGCGUCCCUAAGGCAGGGCCCCCAGUUUGAAAGUUCUAGCCAGUGGGGGGGCCCUAGGAGUGAGGGGAAGCUCUCAGCCUAAUUUAGAACCUGCCUGUACAGUGUCACCGAGGAGCCCAAGCUGUGUUGUCAGGGUUAAUGUGAAAUUGUAUAUGGUUCUAUACCAUACCCCCAAGCUCCUUGGCUUUGCAGCAAUGGCUUGUUCGGAUUAAGGAUUCCUCAGGCUUUGGUGACUGCUUAAGCAUUCUUCCUGCAUCUUCACCUAGGCUGCUGGUCUACCUCCCACAGCUGUCCCCGUACCAGGGCCAGAGGACUGGCCCCAUGGCAGCUCUCUUCACCCUAAGGUUUGCCCCAGCUCUCCUGGAGCGACCUUUACUCAGGAACGUAGGGAGGAGGGCCAGAGACACGGGGAGCCUCAAAGCGGGCGUUACAGACACAUGCCUCUCUCCAGUGCCUCAUAGUAGUUCUUACAGUGCCUCAAAGCAGGGGAGGGAACAAUUUUGUUAUUGCAUUAACUUUAUUCAGUUAAUUCACUUGAGAAACUAACCAAUUUUUGCUUUCUGUCUAGAAUGAUGUAGACCUAGAAGAGCAAGCUGUAAUGCUCCCAGAGUGCCUUAUUUUCUCUGAUAUAAAUAUAUUUAUAAGGACAGAUAUUCCAGUGGUAACUCAGGCUUCUUGGGUGAGUCUGUCAUGCUGAGAUUUAGGGAGAGGUAGGCAUGUGUAUGUGUGGGUGUGUGUGUUAGGGAGAGGUAGGCACUCUGUGUGUGUGUGUGUGUGUGUGUGUGUGUGUCUGUGUGUGUGUGAGUGAUGGCACUGCUGUGAGAAUCCCUCCAUGCCAGGUGAUCAAGCUGGAUUCCAGGUAUUUGGUAAAAGGUCCCAAUCAAUAGAAGCACAUCAGACCUCCCUUGACCACCUUUGAUCUUGUUGGCCUUGAUGUCCCUGUCCUUCCUAAGCCUCGAGAAGGGCACAGGCAGACCACAGCUGUUUGUCUUGUCUCAGCUGUGGCCCUGUAUUCUCUGCGAAGCCUCAUUGCAAUAUGUACUUUCAAUGUAAACAUUUUAAAGAAUUUGAUAAAUCCUUUCUAGCCAAUCA